UUCUUGUCAUGGCCCCUCCUUAUCUGUGGAUGGUGCUGAUAGUUGUUGCUGUAGCAACAGGGGCCCAUUCAGCCAGUGAAGAGAACGCGCUGGAUUAUGGGUACUGGAACUACAGAGAGGGCGCUGACAGUGUGAAUGUGGCCACGGUGCGCAGUGUGACCCGAGUUUUAGAUUCCUGGGGGAAACGUAUCUUUCAUGAGAUCAAGACAUUACUGCACUCUCAGCCCAGCACACUUCUGCCCGACUACUCCAGGGUGCGCCCUCUGUCCGAGUCCCUCAACGACCUGUUCAGAGAGGUGUCCCUCCUGCGCAGGCGCAUUACUGAGCUCUCUCAUCGCCUAGCAACCCUGGAACCGUUCCUUCGUCACCACGGCUACCUGGAGGAGGGGAACGGGGGAGAGCAGGAGGAGAAAGAGGGGGCAAGGGGCGGCCAAGCUCCUCUGAGCCUGAGGGGGGAGGUGACGAGUCUGGCCAGGCACAGUCCUCCGAGGGGGAGCAGGGUGGUGAGGAGGAGACGGGUGAGAGUGCUGACGCCCGGCGGAGUGAAGGUGGAGCAGAGGGAGCGACUGACACACUAAGGGAGGGGGAGGGAAAGUUUGUGAUACAAAAAAAGGAUCUGCUUGUAUUAUAAUCUAUAUUGAUGUAAGGAAUCUAUUUUAAACUCUUUCAUUUUUAUAAAAGAACAAUGAAAUAAAGACACUCUCUUUGUCCUGUG